ACGCCACCACUGGCCCAUUCAGAAAGCUUUAUGUUGAAGCAGAUCGGUGUCUCGCUGGCCCUUCAGCUCCACCUCUGUGGCCACACUGGUGCCCUGUCACCCCACUAGGGAGUGGUUUCAUCCACAAGCGGGUGGAGCAGAAAAGAAGCACAAGGAAGCCAGGACAAGCGGACAUUAGACAGACAGAGAAAGAAGAGGCAGAAAGGAGAGUGGAAGAGGAAACCUGUAAGCCAAAACUAUUUGUAGAAUAAAACAGGAUUACAGGUGUAACCUGCUCAGGGAUCACUGGAGUCCCUGCCUAGGUCCCGCCCCCAUGCAGAGAUCCUCCAUGUGCGUCUGGAGAAGGUCAGCCUGCUGGAGCUGUGGCUGCUGGACGCCCAGAGAAGCCUGGGAGCUGCUGGGUCAUCAGCCAUGCAGGACAUUGUGGAGCAGCAACUCCUCACCUGCCAGGAAAUGUUUCUGGAGAUCGAGGCGAAGGUAGCAAACCUGCCAGUCCUCGGCCCAGCUGCAGACCACCAGCAGCAGUCUAAUGAACUGGAAGCUGUGGGUUCCCAGAAGGAGGAGGCUGACCUUCUUGCCUCCAGACUGGAUCUUCUGAAAGCCAAACUGAUCUCCUUGCAGCGGCUGCUCCAGGACAGACAAGGGGAGGAGAAGAUGAUCAGCAAAAAACACCCACUGGAACAGACUACCACCUUGCUUAUUUUGCAGAAGUUGGAACACGAGAUCAGUGAGCAGAGAAAAUUGACCCAGGCCAUCGCCAGGCAGAGCAGCAGAGUUCGACGUUACAGCCAAGAGGACCACAGUCAGCUGCUACCAAGGUCGCCUCCUGCUGAGGCUGCUGUGGAGAAGAGUGUUGCACAGAAGAAGUGGGAUCACCUUCACAUUCGGCUGCUUGCUUUGGAGCCGAGCUGGCUGCUUCCUCCGGCUCAGAAGGUGACAGACUCAUCUAUGGAGGGUAGUGAUGGAACAGCAGGGUGCAUGAUUGGCACAGAACACCUGAAAGAGCUUCAAACCUCCAUCAGGCUUCUGAGAGAGCUAGGCCACACAUCUGCAGAGCUUCUGAAUCAGGCUGUGGAGGGCUCCCAUCAGCCACCGGAGGAGGAAGUGUUUCACGCGUUACACAGACUCUUCCUGUCUUUGUCCUCCGUCAACAAGCUGCUGAACUGGCCUGCUGAGACGAAUCAAGUACAGGACUCCCAGCUGGGUCUCCUGCAGAGUCUUUCAUCUGAGAUGACCACUCUGGGCAGUGAGUUUGUCUCCCAGGGGUCCAAUGUCAGCCAUCUCCUGGGAUUGGAGCAUGGCCAGAUGUUUCUGGAUGAUCUCAGCAGAGUCCUUGCUGUUGUCCAAUCAGCACUAAGAAAGAGUCUGAAGCAGCUGCAGGAGUCUGCAGAGAAACAAGCGGCUCUUCUGAUGCAGGAGCAGGCUGAGCAGGGUGAGCUGGACACACUGCUUGGUGGAGCUCGCUCCUGCUGGGAGGAGCUGAGGGGCUGUGAGAAUAUUCAGAAACAUUUUGAUCAGCUGGUUCAAAGCCUGGAGCAGCUACUCAGCCUGGGCCGUGAGCGGCUCUCUCAGCAGCCCACUGUGACGGUGCAGCACAGGGCUGAUCUUCAGCAGCAGCUGAGCAGCCACACGAAGUUUUUCCAGUCCCUGGGCCAUCGUUUUCACGUCCUCCAGGUCCUGUCAGACAGACUCUCAGAUGGUGCCCUCCAGAGGUCAGAGGGUGUUAUGACGGUUCUGCAGGAUGAAGUGGACCGACUGCAGCAGCAAGGGCUUGUUGAAGGGAUCAGGAUGCAGGAAACGUUACAGAUGUGGUCCCUCUGGGAGGAGGACAGCAUCUGGUCAGACUCUGCCCUGACAAGUAUCGAGACAUCAUUUACCAAGAUGCAGGAGGGGCUUUGCUCUGAGGAGCAGGCAUCAGAAAACCUCACUAUCUACAAGCAGGCAUGUUGCAGACUGGAGGAAAGCGAGCCUCGCUUCAGUCAGAUGCUGGAAAGUGGGCGGAGUCUUCACAGAGCAGGCUGUAGUGGAGUGGGCGUGUCCAUCUUAAAGCUGGAGGCCCGCUGGAGGUCUUUACGUGAGAGGUUGGAGAGGGAAACCUCCAGUUCAGACAGAAUAAAGAAGUUGUGGAGCAGGUUUUUGAGAGACUCCGCUGAGCUCUCAGGUUGGAUCGCCACGGCAACACAAUUAGUGAGCGGAUGGAAUCAGCUCGAUGCAUCAGCCGCAAAGCAGUUGGAUGGUCAGCAAAGGCGCAACUUAUUUUUCCAGUCUGUGGCUUUGGACAAAGAGCUGAAGGCCAGAUCUGAACUGAAGGUGAUGGUGAUCGGCGCUGCCACUCAGCUGGUCCAGCUUAGGGAAGCGGAUCAAGACUCACACAGGAAAGUCACGGAUGAAGAAACUUCCCCAACUCCACAUCAAGACCUCGACUCCAUCAGCCCUCGGGUGAGAGAGAUAGAGUCCAACUGGUCCAGACUGGUUACUGAGGUGUCUCUUGUCCAAAAGUCUCUACACAAGCUGUGGCUGGAGGAACUGACCCAGCAGGGGGCGCUGCUGGAGCUCCAGGAAUGGGUGGGAGCAGCUGAAUCUCAGCAGGAGGAGCGUCGGAGAGGGAUCCAGCAGAACAUCUGCACAAACGCAUGUCUGAUCAGGAUCCUGAACCACUGCAGGGAAUGUCAGACUGAAAUGUCGGCCCAUCGGGCCACGCUGGAUCACGUGACCCAGCCUUUACAGAUGUUCACAGACCUUUACGAGUUGAAUCAGGUUGCAGAGGAGGAGGGUCGUGUCGUCCAGCGGUGGAUCCGACUGGAGAACGACCUUCGUGCUCAGAUUCAGGAAGUUGAGAAGGAGCUCAGGGACAGAGCUCAGCAGGGUGGCCGACUCCAACUGAUCAUCACCUGGAUGUCAGACCAGAGCCUCUGGAUCCAGUCGGCUCAGAGGCCCAGCAGCCGACCGGAGCUACUGAGGAGCAUCAGCGCCUGUGAGGAUCUGGAGGAACACAUCCGGCAGAAGUCUGCAGAUCUUCAGGAGCUGAGGAACAGAUGCUGUGGCCCAAAGGAAAACAGUCAGAACCAUUUUGUCAGACAGACAGAAAAAUGCAUCCAGGCCUGCGCAGCUCUCACGCAGCAGAAUGAAUUAGCGAAACAAAAGCUGCUAAAGACUCAGCAGCUGUGGAGCAGCAUGGAGACAAAACGGACCCAAGUGAUGCUGAACAGAAUCAGAACCUCUCAGAUGCUUGGUUAUCACAGCCACCCGCCGCUCUCCCUGCAGGCCCACCGGCGUCUCCACGACAAGCUUCAGGUUUUACUUGAGGAGACGGAAGCUUCUGGGUCAGACUGGGAUGAACUGAGUCAAACCAUGUUUCAUCUGGGAGGAAACAUCAGUCCUGCUGCCGCUGGCGUCCUCUCAGAGCAGCUGGAGAGAGAGAGAGACGGGUGGGAUCAGGUUCUGGCCGCUCUGAUCCAGCAGCUCCAGAGGAGUCGGGAAGUCCUGCAGGUCUGGGAGGAUUUCACCCAGCUGGUUGCGUCUCUGUCUGGACAUCUGCAGACACUUCAGAGGGACGCGACCUCAGAGCUGAGUAUCCUGCCCAGACAGGGUGACCCCGUGGAUGAGGUCAACAUCAGGAUUACCACAGCUGAGAGCCUCUUAAACACAACAAACACUCUACAGUCAGACCUGGAUGUGGUGCUGCAGGCCUCCAGGAGCUUAGCAAAUCACCUGGAGCCUUCAGCUGCCAUCUUGGUCCAAUCGGAGAGCCGCCUGUUGUCAGGCGGUGUCCUGCAGCUCAGGCAGCAGCUGCGUUGGAGGCUGGGCCAGCUGCAGGAGGAGCUUAAGCUGCUGCAGGAGACUGAGCGUGACCUGGAGUCACUGGAGAGGAGCCUGGAGGUCUGGCAGCAGCGCCUGCAGAAUGCAGCCCUGACGCCGCAGUCUGGCGUCCUGGAGCUCAGCGGUCUGUCUGCUGACCUGGACUUGCUGAACGAGUCGAGCAGCAACCUGACACCGGGUGGCGCUGCAGCACUCCGCCUGCAACGCCUCAACCGUGACUGGGCCAGCACCUCCGCCAGGGCGGAGCAGGCCUGCAGUGAGCUGCAGACAGAGGCACUGAGGCGGCAAACGUUUGAGCAGAAGUGUGAGAGCUGGAUGGCAUUCCUGCAGAGGAUGGAGGACAAUCUGCCCGCGGACAUCGCCGGCUCUUACGUCAGCCUCAGGAAGCAGCUUUGCACACAUAAGAGGUUUCAGGUGGAGCUCGCCAUCGGUCAUCAGAUUCUACGUGCAGUCAUUACUGAAGCGCUUCAGCUGCUGCAGGAAGGAGAGGUGGAGGACAGGAGAGACUUCAUCCUAAAGCUGGCCCAGCUCAAAGCGCAUUGGCAGGGAGUGGUUCAGCGGGUUGACCAGAGAAGCUCCUCGGUGGCGGGACUGGUGAGGCAGUGGCAUCUGUACGGUCGUGACCUGAGGAAGCUGCAGAGGUUCCUGUCAGACACACAGACCCACCUUCCCCUGGAGGGGACAGUCCGCUGCAGCCUCCAGCAGCUCAGACACUCUCUUCAGGACCUCCAGCACACGGAGCUGUUGUUCCAGAGGUACCAGAGCAGCUUCCUCCACACCCUGGAGGUGGGUCGGCAGCUCUUCGCUGUUGGCGACGAGGAAUCCCAGGCUCAGCUGCAGAUGGACCUGGGAAUGCUAGAGGAGGAGUGGGACAACCUCCACAGCCUGCUGAGCAGAAGAAUGGAUCUGACCGAUGCUAUUAUCAAGAACUGGGAGCGCUGUGAGGCUGGAAUAACAGACAGCAUGAUGCAUCUGAAGGACCUGAAGACCAGGCUGAACCAGACAGAGAGCACGGACCUUCAGAGCCACGAUGAUUUCCACAAGGAGAACAAGGACUUGCUGGAGGACUGGGCUGAAAGCCUGACGGAGCUGAGCACCAUGAAGACGGAUCUGUCCCAGUACAUCAUUGCAGAUGACCUCCUGCUGCUGCAGGAGCAGGUGGAGCACCUCCACUGUCAGUGGGAGGAACUCUGCUUCAAGGUGUCUCUGCGCAAGCAGGAGAUCGCAGACCGUCUGAACGCGUGGAUCAUCUUCAACGAGAAGAAUAAGGAGCUGUGUGAGUGGCUCACUCAGAUGGAGAACAAGGUGGCUCACAACUCGGACCUCAACAUCGAAGAGAUGGUGGAAAAGCUCAAGAAGGACUGUAUGGAGGAGAUCAACCUGUUCAGUGAGAACAAAACCCACCUGAAGCAGCUCGGAGAGCAGCUCAUCACAGCCAGCAACAAGGCCAAAGAGACCGAGGUCAACGACAAGCUGAAGGACGUCAACGACCGCUGGCAGCAUUUGUUCGACCACAUCGAGGCCAGGGUAAGGAAACUGAAGGAGACGCUGGUGACUGUGCAGCAGCUCGACAAAAACAUGAGCAACCUGCGGACGUGGCUCUCUCGUAUCGAAGCAGAACUGGCCAAACCGGUGGUCUACAGCGUCUGUCACAGCAACGAGAUUCAGAAGAAACUUGCUGAGCAUCAGGAUCUGCAACGGGACAUCGAGCAGCAUACGGAGUGCGUGGCGUCCGUUCUGACGCUGUGUGACGUUCUGCUCCAUGACGCCGAUGCUUGUGGCAGCGACUCGGAGAACGACUCCAUCCUGCAGACCACCCGCAGCCUGGACCGCCGUUGGAGGAACAUCUGUGCCAUGUCCAUGGAGCGUCGGAUGAGGAUCGAGGAGACGUGGCGUCUGUGGUGUAAGUUCCUGGGUGACUAUUCUCACUUUGAAGAGUGGCUAAAGACCGCUGAGCGGACUGCCGCCAACCCCGAGUCUGCCAACGUCCUCUACACCAGCGCCAAAGAGGAGCUGAAGAAGUUUGAGGCGUUCCAGCGACAGGUUCACGAGCGGCUGACCCAGCUGGAGCUGGUCAACAAACAGUACCGCCGUCUGGCUCGAGAGAACCGCACGGACGCUGCCAGCAAGCUCCGAGUCAUGGUGCAUGAUGGGAACCAGCGCUGGGACUGUCUGCAGAAGAGGGUGGCGUCUGUUCUCCGCAGACUCAAGCAUUUCACGUCUCAAAGAGAAGACUUUGAAGGAACUCGUGAGGCAAUCCUAGUCUGGCUCACGGAGAUGGACCUCCAGCUCACCAACGUGGAGCACUUCUCUGAAAGUGAUUUUGAAGACAAGAUGAGACAACUAAAGGGCUUCCAGCAGGAGAUCACGCUGAACACCAACAAGAUUGAUGCUCUGAUCGUGUUUGGGGAGAACCUCAUCCAGAAGAGCGCUCCUCUUGAUGCCGUGCUGAUCGAGGACGAGCUGGAGGAGCUGCACUCUUACUGUCAGGAGGUGUUCGGCAGGGUGGCUCGCUUCCACCACCGCCUCGUGAACAAGAGGCCGGUCCUGCAUGACGACAGGGAGACGUCCGACCCCGACACAGACUUGUACACCUCUCCUGAUGUGUCCAACGUAACAUCCUGGUCAGAGACAAAGGGAAGGAAGGAGGAGGCAGAUGCAGCGGCAACAAGGGUCGUCUCAGGAGGACAGCACAUGUGCCACCUCCUGGUACCUCCUCCAGAGAGAUCCGGUAGAGAGACCCCCGUCAGCAUCGACUCCAUCCCUCUGGAGUGGGACCACACCGUCGAUGUGGGAGGAUCUUCAUCACAUGAGGAUGAUGAAGAUGUCACCUUCUACAGUGCUUUGUCAGUGAAGUCGGUGACAGACCCACCCAGCUGGCACCACCCCGGGUCCAAGGAAAGAAAGUGGCUUCCUGGAGAAAUCAUGGAAGGGCUGAGCCCGUCUCCGACCAGCGGCGUUCCUCUGCACCAGCGUGGCUACGAUAAGUUGAUGUCCGAGUGCAACAACAGCAUCGCCAGUGUGAAGAGAGUCAAACUGGUCCUCAAUGAUGACGAGGAGCUUGAAGAUUCAGGUCUCACCCGCAGCGUGGUCAGCAAGCACAGCAGGACAGGUGUGACUGAGCGCUGGGAGCUGCAGAAGGCACAGACCAGUGAUCGGAGCACUGAGCAGGACCUGGAGCAGUGGCAGAAGCUCAACUCUGACCUCUGUGAUGUCACUUCCUGGUUGGGCAGAGUGCUGCCAGAGCUAGGGAGGCUGCAGCGAAUCGCACCGUCCACCAGCAUCCGAGAUAUCGAGAUCAACAUCAGGAAGCUGAAGGAGAUGCAGAGGACUUUUGACAGCUUCAAGUGUCUGAUGAUCUCCGUCAACCUGAGCGCGCGUCACUUCCUGCAGGGUGACAGUGUGGAGCUCCAGGAGCUGCAGGAGGCUCUGAGCUCAGCCAAUCACAGCUGGUCACAGGCCUGCUGUGGUCUGGAGAGCUGGGAGAGCAGGCUGCGCUCUGCUCUGCUGCAGUGUCAGGACUUCCAUGAAGCGCUGCGUUUGCUGCUGCUGUGGCUUUCCCAAGCCGAGGACAAACUGUGUGCCGUGACCACCGACCCGUCCACCUCUCAGUCCGCCCUGCUGCAACAUCGGGCCACACUGGUGGAUCUUCAGGAGGAGCUGAGGGGGAGAGUUCGCCAGGUGUGCUCGCUGCAGGAGAUCACCUCCCAGCUCCUGCUGUCGGCUGCAGGAGAACAAAGUGUGGAGGCCAAAGAGAAAGUCCACGUCAUCAGCACCAAACUUGACCUGUUGUCGCAACAAGUGGCAGCUGCUUUGCUUUCACUGCCGGGAAAAGUGGUCAGUCAGGAGACCUGCUCGACUGGCUCUGAGCUGCUCGGCGCUGGUCUGGAAACACUCGGGUCACCUCUGCUGCCUCACAAGGAUGCUGAAUCCCAGAGAGCUACGGUCAGACAACCAGCACAUAAAAGAAGCCUGGAGGAAGCACCCCCCCACCGGCCUCUCCUCUACCGGCUUUUCCGCGCUGCCUUCCCGCUCCAGCUGCUCUUCCUGCUGCUGCUGGUUCUGAUCUGCCUGGCGCCGCUGUCCGAUGGCGAUCACAGCUGCACGCUGUCCAACAACUUUGCUCGCUCCUUCUACCCGAUGCUGAGCUACACCAACGGCCCUCCGCCCACGUGAACGGCUCCUCCUGGGCGUUCUUCACUCCACAUAUCCCUGUACAUGAAGAUGUUUAUUUAUUAUUGUAAAGAAGAAGCCGUGAAAUGGGUUCGUUUCUGGAAAGAUGCAAUAAAUACCACAGAAGUGAAGAUUUAGUUUUAUAUCCAUAUUUUUUAAACCCACAAUAAACGAUAAAAAAGUUUUUACCAAAGCACGGAGAAUGCUAACACUGCCGCUGGUCUUCACAGAAAGCUGUGACCUCUUCAUGGAUCCUUUUCUACACGAAUUAAGACUUGUUGUUGUUGUUGUUGUUGUUGUCAUAUUUAGACUGUUCUCUGAUGUAAAGAUAUAAAAUGUAUUUGUUUAUUGUUAUUUAUUUGCAGUGACAAGACUUUUUAUAUUACAAUGUUAAUUCUGCAAAAUGGUUUAAGUAAUUCAUUUUGGAAACAGACACAGUUCCAAAUGCCAGAUUCUUAGCCUGGCAAGCCAGACUAAAUAAAUGUGUUAUUUAGUCUGGCCACGCUCCAUUGACGGCUCUGGGUUGUGGGGCGGGUUCUACCGUUGUCUUUCAAAUGACCUCCGCAUGCUACUGGACAGUGAAUGUGACAGCUAUCGGUAAAUGAGGCGGUCCACAGUUGAAGAAGGAGAAAACAUCAUUUUUUUCUAAAAAAAAAAGCUCUUAAACACAUCCACCUGCUCCUGAUUCUAAUGAAGCCCAAGUUCUAAUCGUCCAACACGGAUGUAAAAGCCAUUUCAAACAAGCUGUCGCCAUCUUGUUUCACUCUGUUGCAUCAUCCCACCCACCAGGCAUAUAGAGUGCCCUGAUUGGCCCACAAAGCGGAUAAAGCUCUGUGAUUUGUUCACUAAGCAGAUAGAGCACUAUGAUUGGCCCACCAUUAUGGACCAAUCAUAGCUCUUUAUGUGUUUGAAACCCCUCUAGAGAGCUGUGAUUGGCCAGCCAGAGUCCUGGUAGGGGCUGCGGAGGUUCCAGUGGAGCGUUAGAACAAACUUUGCAAAGCAAGAAUUUGGUCUAGUUCACUAGGCUACCAGUUUCUGGUUUAUUCCUGCAAAUCUCAGAUUAUUACUUCACCACGUUACUAUAAUAAAGCAUUGCUGUGAAGAAUAAUGGAAACAAGAUGCAGAUUUUUUUUAUUUACAAGCUAAAUUAUCUUUAUAUAUCUGACUGACACCAAGAUUUCAUUCUUCAACAACUUUAUCGAAUUCUGCUCCCUAGUUGUUGUGACCCCGUUGGUGAUGCUGACGUCAUCCUAGUAUUUAAUAUCUGGUUUCAUCAGAACUGCACAAUAAAUAAGCUAAGAUCUGCAGAUAAAUCUAAACUUAACCUGGCUGGAUUUUUGUUUUCUUCUAAGUCAGUUUCGCUUGGAAAUGUGCGACCGUUAAUAUAUAUUUAUGUUUAUAGACCGUUUGUUUAUGCUGUAUAACUGUUUGGGCCAUGGUGACGUCUCAGGUCUGUCAGAGAGGUCUUGAUGAUCAUACUGGUCACUUUCUGGUGAAUUAUUAGAAAUAAUCAGGAUUUGUAGCUCAGAACCAAUCACGCUGCAGCUGAGUUGUUUACAUCCUGGCUUUUACUUCCUUAUGUUAUUGUGGACGGGAUUGUUAUUUCAUUCACGUGGAAUCAUUCAACAUCGAGUUAAAAGGGGACGUUUAUUAAGGUUUUACUGAGAAAUGACCUUUUAGAAAUUGGUCAAUACUGAAACAGCUGAAAACAUGUUUCUAGCGUGUCGAACACAACAAUAAAUGAUUUAGUUCAACUUUAAACACAUGUGGCUACACACCUGUGUAGUUUCAGGGUUUACUUGAACUUUCAACACUUCAUGUAUUGAAUGUAAAUGUGUGAAUUUCAGGGGUCUGCAACCUUUAGAAAUAAAAGACAUUUACUACCUCC